AUGAUCAAGGAGGCGCCCGAGCUCCAAUACAAUGCUGAGCAGAGAGUGGCUGGUAACAUAGACGGCUUCAGCCUUCUCCAAAAUUUGAAAGAAGUAGUCAGCCAGGUGACGGAAAUCUACGCCAGAAAUGACAGGCUCGUCUACCUCCUCGCUGCUCAUGCUCCUCCCGAAGAGCCUCUUACGGUUAGUCCCGUCUCCGCCCCUACCCCUCAGCUACCGGUCCUUCGCCGGUCAACGACCGAGUGA